AUGAUAUAAUAAAAUAGAGGAGGACCCCAAAAGAAAUAUACUCUUAAUCUACUCAAUUCUGCAACAGACUAUAUUGAUCGUAUCUUAUCAGAGGUGUCAGGUAUAUAUAUGAAUUGAUAAAAGGAAUGAAAUGUCUCAUUUUGGAUUAAGAAACCAUAGGCAUCAUUUCACUUAUCUAUUCUCAAUCCUAAAUCUUAAAGAAAGAUGUAUAUUUGAUGGAAAAGAUAGAUGCUGCUGCUUCUACUAAAUAAAAACUUUAGCAUAUGAAAGUUAUCUUUUUGAUUAGACCAACUUAAGUAAUAAAUACAUUUCAAAUCUUUAGGAAAAUUAAACAUUGCUUCUCUAAGAAAUUAAAGACAAAAGAUUUUGUGAAUAUUAUAUCUUCUUUACCAAUACACUAAGCAAUUUUUAUAUAGAAUAAUUGGCAGAAGCAGAUGAUUCUGAUCUCAUCAAACAGCUCUAAGAAAUCUAUUUAGAUUUCUAUAUAGUACAACCUGAUACUUUUACAUUAAAUAUACCCUCUACUAUUCCAUUAACUAAAAGUGUUUUACAAUGGAAUUCUUAAGAUGAAUAAUUAUUUUAAAGAGUUUUUGAGGGUUUAAGUGCUACCAUUUAUAGUUUAAGAAGAAUUCCAAUGAUUCGAUAUUAAGGAUCAAGUGAAAUAUGUGCUAAAUUGGCUUAAAAGUUAAGUUAAACAAUGAGAGAAGAAUAUGAAUAAUCCUAAUCUUAAUUUAUGCUUUCAAAUUGUUUACUCUUAAUUUUAGAUAGAAGAGAAGAUCCAGCUACUUUAUUAUUAAAUUAAUGGACUUAUUAGGGUAUGCUUCAUGAAUUGAUAGGAAUCUAAAAUAAUAGAAUUGAUAUUCGUUAAGGUUAAAAAGCAUUGAAUUAAGCUGCUGUAUAAUAUUAAUAAUUAUAAUUAGAGUAUUAAUAAAGCAGAUUCAGAAAGUGAAUUUGUUAUAUCUUCUACUUUGGAUGAUUUCUUUGCUGAAAACUAAUAUUCAAAUUUUGGAGAAUUAGCAUAAAAUAUUAAAGAUUUCAUUGAUAAAGUUACUUAAUAAAAGAAAGAAACAGUGUAAAUUAAUUCAUUAGAAGAUAUGUAAAAGGCUGUAGAUAAGAUUCCAGAAAUAAGAAAAAUGAGUGGCAAUUUAUCCAAGCAUGUUGCUUUGAGUUGUGAAUUAUCAAAAUUAGUUGAAGAGAGAUAAUUAUUAAAAGUAUCUAAAGUUGAAUAAGAUAUUGUUUGUAAUGAAGCUAAAUCUGAACAUUAAAAAGCUGUAUUUUAGAUGCUUGAAGAUAGAACUAUAUAAACAUAUGAAAAAUUAAAAUUAGUUAUGUUAUAUGCUUUAAGAUAUGAAAAUUGUGAUAAGAUUUCAAGAAUGAAAGAUAUAUUGAGGGAUUUAGGUGUAAAAAAUAACAGUUUAAAUUUAAUUAACUACUUAUUGGAUUACUCUGGUAAAGCUAAACGUUAAGGUGAUUUAUUUAGUGAUAAGAAUAUAUUUUCUAAAGCUUAACAAAAAUUUAAAUCUGUUUUUAAAGAUGUUCCUAAUAUUUAUACUUAACAUUAGCCAUAUUUUCUUACUAUUUUAGAAUAAAUAUUAACUAAUAAAAUUAAAGACAAUGAAUUCCCAUCUACUAAUUUAAAUAAUUUUAGAGAAAGACCAACUGAGAUUAUUAUUUUUUAUGUUGGUGGUAUAUCUUUUGAAGAAGUUAAAGAAAUUGGAUUAUUAAAUAAAUAACGUAUUAAAUUUAUAAUAAAUAUUUAUAGCUAAUUAACCAAAUAUUUUAUUAGGUGGUACAUACAUUCAUAAUUCAAGAACAUUUUUAGCUGAGAUAUGUUAAUUAUCAUAUGAAAACAAUAUUGAAGUAGUUGUAGAUAAGUCUAAUCCUAGAAAUGAUAAUAAAUUUCAUAAAUUUUGA